AUGUCUAUCCGCCCUAUACGUGGAGUUAUUAUUAAAGCGUUCAAAAAUCCAUUAAUCUGCAGUGAUGAGAAUAAGGAGAAGAAUGAGAAUGAGAAUUUCUCAACGGAAGGAGAAACUAUAAAGGUGAUUUCUAUGAAUGAUUGA